CGCGUGUUUUGUGGGAGGCACCGCGACCGUCUAUUGACCUCGAAGCUACCACCACAAUCCCUGCCACACCGCCCUUGCCUUUCAUCUCCACGCCAUCCUCGAAGCUUUUUACUGCGUGUAUGCAUUGUUGUCCUCUCGUGGGCUUAUGUCAUUCGCAGGAACACCUCUAGGUCAAGGCAGACGUCUCGAUCAUAACACUUUCUUGGGAAAACCACCAUCUAACAGCAAUAGACCGACGAGUCCCCAUCGCAUCCCACCAGUCUCAUAUUCAUUUGGCGCACCCGUAUUAGGCUCGCGAUCACCCCCGAAAGCACCAAGCACAUCCUCCGCACGUGAGCGCAACCCCCCCGUCGAUCAGAGCAACGACGAAUCUGCUCUCGUACGCUACAACAAACUCAAACAACAACAACAACAACAACAACAGAAGAACUCCUCUAAUCUCGACCCAGCAAAGUGGAGUGUUAAAGACACUUCAGUUAAUAUAGCUGCCGCUCUGCAUCAGGCUGUCGAACAAGAUCUGCCUCCUAUGAAUCCAACCGCCGCCUGGGCAUCGGGUGCACGCCCGCCUUCUAAUGUGCCCCGAAGUACUUCAGUCGAAUACGAAGCACAAUCUCAAACCACCAGUCAGCGUCGACUUGCACCUCCUCCCAACCGACUCGCCCCUUCUUCACGAACAAAAGUAGUUAAACCUUUGAGCAAGAAUGUGUCCCAACGCACCAUACCCGACUCUGAGGAGGAACAAUCACAUAGUUUUGAAAAUGGUCGAGGGAAAAGCCCCAUUGCUGCCAUGUUGGACGUUGCGCACCGGACGUACGAAAAGGCUACUUACUAUGCACGACAACGGUCUCCAGUAGACCAGGAGAACGGUAGCUACGACUACUCGGCUGAGGAAAGGGAUUAUCAGUCCAACAUUUCGAAACGGAAUUUCGCUGCACACAAGCGAAAUAAGAUGUCCGUGGAUAAUAAAGCCUACAAACCAAGUGUGGAAUCAGAGGAGGAGGAAGACUAUAAUGAUUCGGAUGGUGGAAGAAAAAGGAGACGGAAGAAGAAAAAGAAUGAUACUUCGGGUGCUACGCUGUCAUUGCCCGUUAUUUCCGCUGACAAGCGGCGCAAGAAGAGGAAAGGGAAGGGAGGAGGGACAGGAGAAGAAGGCAGUGAAAGUGAAGAGGAACGAUCGGAGGAAAAGUCACCUUCACGACCUGCAUCGCGAGCUGGCUCACGAGCAGGAUCUAUACCCCGUCUAUUUCCCGACAGCUCACUCGAUGUCGACCAAAGACUGACCCACAUACCCGAAGAACAAGAUGAGGAGGCCGGAUAUACCGAUCUUCAAUCUCCGGAGACCUCGCACGAUCUCUCCCAUGAUCCGUCAGGCGACAUAUCUCACAGCGAAGCAUCUUUCUCUCACCCUCGAGAUGGGAUAGGGGGAAAACUGGGAAAGCUAGUUUUCAACCUGUGGAUGUUCGUCAUGUCCUGCAUCUCCAUUUUCUUCCAUAUAGUCGGCAAAGUUAUUGGCAUGGUCGUCGAUAUUCUCCUCAUUCGUCCGGUCAAGUUUGUAUCGCGCGUAAAUCUCGCACAAGUCAAACCGUAUUUGGUGCUUGCACUGGUGAUAGUGCUGGUGGGGUAUCUCUCCCAACAGUCUCUCAUGGAUCCCAUCAGACGUUGGACACAGGGUGGUAAAAUCCGCUACACACCGCCAGAGAUCCCAGCCACUGAUAUUGCCGAGUUGAAUAAACGACUGCAUUCCAUUGAGUCGGCCUUGUCAGGGUUAAUAUACGAAACAGAACAGUCGAAGGUCAGGACGGAAAAUGGAGAACGAAGCAGAUUGGAGUUGAUCUCUAGGCUUGGAAAUCUGGAGGGCUCGGUGAAGAAAGAUUUGAGCGGAAGGGUGAGGGAUAUGGAGAGGUCUAUCGCAGCUGGGCAGUCACAGAGGGAGAACGAAGAUAAGCGGGUUAUAACAGAGGUCAGGAGGGAGAUGGAAGCGUUGAAGGAAGUCGUGGAUGUAUUACAACAUCGGCCACCCCCCUCUAACUCUGGAAGCGAGGCGGUCAUCGGAAACGACGAAGAGGCACGUGCAAAGUUGAAAGCCCUUGAAGACCGUGUCGGUUCCGUCGAGGGAGGUGUCAAAGAGGCCAUCGAACUUGGAAAAAAUGCUGUCAAGUCCGACGGUAAUUCGGCUUGGUGGAACAAGUUAUCGACUGGGAAGAAGAUGACAAUCAAAGCCUCUGACGGUCAGGAUGUUACCUCUCUUAUUGGCAACCUCGUGGAGAACGCCGUUUCCUCUCUCUCCAACAAAGACGUCCUGUCACGGGCAGAUUUUGCUUUGCAUUCGGCAGGCGCACGUAUUGUCCCGAGACUUACGAGUCCAACAUACGAGCUACGGACACCUUCCAAGUCUUGGCAGCUACUCGGCUUCCUUGGGAGUGGGAACGGGGUUGCAAUAGGUAGACCGCCAGUCACAGCGCUUCAUCAUGAGGUGCACAACGGAUAUUGUUGGCCAUUUGCUGGAACACAGGGGACUCUGGGCGUGAACCUCGUUCAACCAACUCUUAUUGACGCCAUCUCCAUCGACCACGUCGCGAGGGAAGUUGCAACCGACGUAAGAAGCGCACCAAGAAAUAUGCAAGUCUGGGGAAUGAUUGAUGGGAAGGAUAAUUUCGAGAAGGCUAAGCAGAUCGUUGCAGAAAGGGAGAGGAGAAGACAGGAAGCUAUUGAGCGCGGUGAGGAAGUUCCUGGGGAUGUAGGUUUUGGUGUACCCGGAUGGUUGUCGAGGCGCGAGGAGGGGUUAUUCGUGAGAAUCGCUGAAUUUUCGUACGACGUUCGUUCCGAGAAGACAGUGCAAACAUUCACGGUGUACGAUGAUGUUAGGGAGUCGGGCCUUGAUUUUGGGACCGUGGUGUUACGAAUCAGGGAUAACUGGGGACAAGAGGCAUUUACCUGCUUGUACCGAUUCCGAGUGCAUGGGAAGCUAUUGGUGCAACCGCCGCCGUUACUUUCUGAGGAUGCGGAGAUAUCAUGAAGCCCGCGUUGUAACGGUGGUUGACGACUCAUAAUGAUUUUUUUUUCUUUGUGGUUUCCCCUUCAUUCUAUCGUUUUCAUUAUUUCUAUCUUUACUUGAUUCCCUGUCGUCUCUGCUACUAAACGUUACCUGCACUCUUUUUUCCUGUCCUUUCCUUCCCCUUCCCGUCGCGAGUUUGGUUUGUUGAUUUCGGUCGCAUUUAUAUCUAUCUCAACUGCUCUCUGCUGUCUCUACUCUUUCCACGUUUCAUCUUUACAAUGCACUGCAUCUCUCACAGACGCUCGCUCGCUCAGCAAAUGUACUACCUUUCUGUCAAACUACCUAAUAAUAUUAUCGUAGCUAUCGUUGUAGAGCAUUACACUAGGCAAACACGGGGAAUUCCUAUUCCUUUUGGAUAUAA